AAGGGCAUGGUGGGUUAUGCAAUGAGCUAGGUGAGUCGCUACUUCAAUGUAAACGCUAUCAUUUGUUCGGGAAACUUGAAGCCCCUCCUGAGAAAGAGUGUUCAAACCAGAUUGGUCUACAUACAGAGAACACUCGUUCUUGAAGACGUAAACUCCUUGCUUCGACCAUGGACCUACUGAUAAGUCUAUGCUUCGAUAUACGAUUCCUUGUGUGAGAUAUACUCUACUUUUAUCAACACCUGGUUGGAUAUUUAGGCUAGAAGCAAAGGAAGAGGAAGAAGUAUAAUUUGUAAACGACCCUCACAUAUGAUCGGAAGAUGCCCAAACAAAGUAAAGCGUCAGGAGUGACCAAGCCUACCUUCAAAAGAGUCGCUUUAGGUUUAGUAGAGGAUUUUACCAGAGUAAAGAAACUUUUUGAGGCGAUUGAUGGUGGAAAUCUUAUUAAGGUUCAGCGUUUAUUGAGAGAAAUACUCGCUAACGGGGCAACGUUGGACAUCAGAGAUGAAGCGGGCACGAAUACCUAUGCACACGCCAUCAGUGCAGGAGUAUCUCCUGCUGUCGAGAUAUUGUUACGUUACAAUGUGCCUCUGGGGGACGCCCUCUUGCGGGCAUGUGGUGCAUCUUAUGAUGAAGCAGCCAAGAUUAUCAUCAGACACGCUAUGAAACUGCCACAUAAGGAGAGAAAAGCCAUCAUCGAAUGCCACUGUGAUAAUGACGACUACAUCAAAUCACUGACACCUCUAAAGAUGGCUGCUAUGAGAAACAACUUUAACGUGGUGUCGCUUUUGCUGAAAGCAGGAGCUGAAAGGAUUAAAGAACCAAAACUGGAGAGGCUAGCUGAAGCUACUCUGAAAGAGGUUGUCGAGUAUCUAGAUAUCUAUAGAGCAUUAUCAAGCCCAGCGUACCUUUGUCUCGCCCAUCGUAAUGCAUUGAGCAAUGCCUUCACUCUCACCGGAAGAUUGAGGAACAUUGGUAGAUCGUGGGAGGCUGUCAACAAAGAGUUCUUUGCUCUCGCCGACCAAGUUGAGAAGUUCUGUGCAUCCCUCCUUGAUCAUGUCUCUAAUUCUGUCGAACUUUCGACGCUUCUCAGUCAGAGUGAUAACCCGGAAGUAAAUCAUGCCGUUGCGCAGGUGCAGAAGGCCGUUGAUUUUGAACAAAAAGCAUUCGUAGCUCAUGCGUACACCCAGAAGAGCAUGUCGGUCAACUUUUAUCGAAAUAUCGACAUUCACUCCAUGAUGUUCCCGGUCCUGAGUCUACUUACAAUGUUCGGAUAUCCGGUCAUCUGUCUUGCUUAUAUCCUCAUACAGCAUCCGAGAAUAAAGUCUUUCCUCUCAACACCGCACAUCAAGUUAUGUCUUUUGUUUGGUUCUGAUCUUGCUUUCUGUGCCUGCUGUGCUGCUAUAUGUCUAGUCAACGAACAAAGGAUAAUUGAGAUCAUGAUGAUCGUCAUUGCGAUCUUUUGUUUCGCGUUCUCUUGGAAGCAUAUUUGUGAGAUAAUGGAAUACGGGAUCAGAGACUUUGUGAAUUAUUCCAUGAAUAUCGUGGAAAUAAUCAUACUCAUCAUACUCUAUACAGUAUUGAUGUUAAACUGGAUCGAGGAUCUCGGGGAUGUUUACGAAGCCCGUGCGCAACAACGUCACAAUGAACGGGUGACAAUGGUGAAUAACGUCACAAUAGCAUCAAAUUUCAACCAAUCAGAUGCCACUAUGACGGAUAGCCUUGAGGAUUAUGUAUCGUCGGACUGGAAUGAUCCAUUCGUCAUUCGAUAUAAUUUGAUAGCGUUCGUGAUUCUCUUUGUUGUGAUACAUGCUUUCAACACGGUCCUAAUGACUUUCCUCGAGCUGUACGCUAUUUGGGAAUCAACAGUCGGCGCUGUCAGUGACAUACUCAAGUUUUUGACUAUCUACGCCAUCUUUCAUUUCUCAUUUGCUCUUGGGUUGUCGAGUCUUCAUUAUCCCCAAACACUGAUUCAACCAGAAGAAUGUCAUGACGUGGAAUGUGAUUUACCCGAAGAGGGGUAUCGAACGUUUCCGGUGGCAUUGCUGACCCUGUGGUGGGCGUUUAAUGGACUCGGUGAUCCGGCCAUCAUAGACGAUCCGACAAGCUUCGUCAACGUAGUUUACAUCCUAGCUGUGGGUCUCUACAACAUUGGAGUACUGGUCCUGAUCAACACGCUCAUCGCAAUGCUAGGUUCACGAUUCAACGCAGUCGAGGAAAAUUCGGAUACCGAGUGGAAGUUCGGACGAACUAAGAUGUGGCUUCGGUUUAUCCGAACCGAUAUCGAUCUACCACCUCCAUUCAACCUCGUACCGACAACCGGGUUCAUUAUCCGACUCUUCAAGAAAUGUUGUUUGUUUUGUACAGGAUGCAAACAGACGAACCACAGAGAGUCCGAGGAAAAAGAAUACAAAGCGAAAAGGGAUGCAAGUGCUGCAAAGAAAGUAAUGAAAAAGUUAUUGGAGCGAUACAACCUAUCACAGACAGAGAAACCGGAAGAGCAGGGAGAAUCAAUCGACAUUGAUGAUAUCCGUCAGCUCAAAGAAGACUUCGUGGCAGUCAAAUUCAACGUGGAAACCAAUCUCCAGAUAGUUAACAAGGCGAUAAAUGCGUCCUGGAAGAUCAUUGAGAAUAUUAGGAACACCUACCCUAGAAUGGACGUUUUUAAUGAUAAGGUACCUUUUACAGGAUCACAGUUUGGUGAUCUCUAUCGAUACGACUACUCGCUCAUCGAGGUCGAUGUUGAAAAUAUUCAGACGGUAGUCAAAUAUGUGGAAGAGAUUCUCAACCGACCCGACGCUACUCCAGAGCUCGAGCUGAAGAAGGCUCCGGUUCUUGUCCGGCCACCUCCGGAACCUAGCCCGGAGCCUGUCGAAGAAGAGGUCAUUCUACCCGAGGAACUUUCCGCAACAAUUCCUGAGCCGGUCGAGGAAGAGAUCAUCCCACCCGAGUCGAGUUCUGAUGAAGAAGGAUAUUUCGACUCGAGUCUCGAGAUAAUUUCCGAUGAGGAGGAAGUGGCAGUUCCACCAGAGGAAUACAUGGAUGUGUGGGCUCGAAUUCAAAGGUUCCUUGGGUUGAACGAGGACGAGAUCAAUGGACCCGAGGAGCCUCUGGAACCGAAUCCAGAGAUUAAUCCUGAAGAAGAGAAUAUUCAAACCGGGGAAAUGGGACCAGAAAUCACUGCAAACGAAGAGAGCACUCCAUCUGAGGAAUCUUUGAAUCUAAUUACUAGAAUUAAAAGGUUCAUUGGGGUGAGUUCAGAUGACGUUACUGAUGGAGAGAUUAAUCCAUCAGAGAUGCCCCUGCAGCCGAAUCCACAUAUAAUUGAUGGAGAAGAGAACAUUCCACUUGGGGAACGUUUGGAAGCGAAUCCACCAAACAUACACGGGGAAGAACCAAGGCGCACUUCAUCAGAGGAAUCUCUAAAUGUCGUGACUAGGAUCCAAAGGUUCAUUGGAGUGGGCCAAACGACAGUUGCUGCGGAAAAGACCAAUCCCCAAGAGGUUCCUCCAGGUCCAGGUUCAGCGAUCAUUGAUGACUACGAUAACAUCCCAGUCGAGGAACGUUUUGAAGAGAGUUCACCCAACAUAGUAGGGGAAGAGCCUAGGCGUACUUCAUCAGAGGAAUCUUUGGAUGUCUUGACCAAGAUCCAAAGGUUCAUUGGAGUGGGUCCAAGGACUGUUGCUGAGGAAAAGACCGAUCAUCCAGAGGUGCCUCCAGAUCCGAGUACAGUGAGAAUAGACGAAGAAUACCUACCUGAAGCCUCGGCGAGCCCAUUUCCCGGAAGGGAAAGAAGUCCAUCUAUAAUCCGAAGGUUGGCGAGUAUAUUCAAUUCGGAUCAAACCAAGACGUGAACAAAGAAGCCUAACCGGGGUAAAAAAUAGCAGCUUAGCUUUUAAAUUCCAUCUAUCAAAGGAAUUAACUGUGACUUUCAUAAUACUUCAUUUAAAAUACGAAGGUUCAUCAGAGGGAAUGAUAGCUAAAUUCGUCGAAACUUCGUGAAAAGCCAAUGGGGUGUUUUCUGUCUGUAAUUUACGCACGGCUGGCAUGACUUGUGAUUUCCUGUGCUUAAUUGUGUGUUAUCCCAAAUUUUGGGAUAGAAAUGGAACAAGCUUUCCUUAAACUUUCAGGGGACUGGGAAUGCUUUCUUAGAGGUUUGUUCAAUGAGAAAACAUAGAAAAAACACGAUAAGGAGGUCUUCACUCUGAAAUGAUAUUUAAAGGACAAGUCUACCUCAACAAAAGAUUGAUUUGAAUAAAAAGAGAAAAAUCGAACAAACA